AUGGAUAAGAAACUUGUAAUUGCAGCGGUGGAUGUCAUCGCUAGCAAUACUGACAUUUUGUGUGAAAUUCUAGUUCGUUUGCCUGCAAGUUCUCUCAUCAGGUUUAGUGCAGUAUGCAAGCUUUGGUACUCAAUCAUUAUGAGUAUGCCUUUCAGGAUUCAUCACUCUCGUUGUCUUGCUUUUGCUAAUGCUCUCCCUCCUACGGGGAUCUACUUCUACAAUUGUCUUGCGAAGGUCCAGAAUCUUGAAUCUCUUUCGCUUACUGAUAAUGUAAGUAGCCUCCCUCCUCUCCAUGACGAACUUACAACAAGUACAACGAUAGGAGGUGAUGUAGUUGAGGUUAUCGAUUUCAAGGUUACGCAAUCUUGCAAUGGUCUGUUUAUGUGCAUAUUAACUGAGAGGUCUAAUACGUCUACUAGCAGAAAAGGUCUUGUUUACAAUCCUGUAAAUAAGUUCCGAUAUGUAUUGCCUACCUGUACGAUGUCUGAUGAAUGGGAGUAUUAUAAUCUGAUAUCGUAUCCAGAACCACCCUAUUACAAAGCUUUGUGUGCUACUUAUCUAGCUGGUGGUAAUUUAGGCGUGUCGUCUAUGGGUUUGUAUAUGCUAGAGGGUGACUCAUGGAGACAUUGUGGUAGUAUGGAUGCAACUGGACAUGGAUUUGACAGUGGCGUAUUUUGGAAUGGUGCAAUUCACUGGAUUGGCGUAUAUUUCUCUGUUUACUUUGUU